UGGUGAUGGACCCCGGGCGCUGAGGCUAUGCGCCCCCGGGAGGUGCUGGGCCAGGCGGCCCGGCUGGCCUCCUCUGGUCUCCUCCUGCAGGUAGCCUCACUUGACAGGGAUGAAAAUUGAGGCUUACAGAAAUUAGAAGAUGAUGGGUUUAGCUAAAUGGUGUUGUUUCGAUUGAUCACCUUUGUCUUAAAUGCAUUUAUUCUUCGCUUCCUGUCAAAGGAAAUCGUUGGCAUAGUGAAUGUCAGGCUAACACUGCUUUACUCUACCACCAUCUUCCUGGCCAGAGAGGCCUUCCGCAGAGCAUGUCUGAGUGGCAGCACCCAGCGGGACUGGAGCCAGACCCUCAACCUCCUGUGGCUAACAGUCCCUUUGGGUGUGUUUUGGUCCGUGUUCCUGGGCUGGGCCUGGCUACAGUUGCUCGCAGUGCCCGAUCCUGACGUCAUCCCCCACUAUGGAACUGGAGUGGUGUUGUUUGGGUUCUCGGCAGUGGUGGAACUUCUGGGAGAGCCCUUCUGGGUCUUGGCACAAGCACAUAUGUUUGUCAAGCUCAAGGUGAUUGCUGAGAGCCUGUCAGUAAUCCUCAAGAGCGUCCUGACAGCUUUUCUCGUGCUGUGUUUGCCUCACUGGGGACUGUAUAUUUUCUCUUUGGCCCAGCUUUUCUAUACUGCAGUUCUCGUGCUCUGCUAUGUUAUUUAUUUCACAAAGUUACUGGGCUCCCCAGAAUCAGCCAAGCAACAAGUUCUUCCUGUCUCCAGCAUGACAGAUAUGUUACCCAGUAUUACGAGAAGUAGAGCUUUUGUAAAUUGGGAAGAGGCUAAAUUGACUUGGAGUUUCUUCAAACAGUCUUUCUUGAAACAGAUUUUGACAGAAGGCGAGCGAUAUGUGAUGACAUUUUUGAACGUGUUAAAUUUUGGGGAUCAGGGCGUGUAUGAUAUAGUGAAUAAUCUUGGCUCCCUUGUGGCAAGAUUAAUUUUCCAGCCAAUAGAAGAGAGUUUUUAUAUAUUCUUUGCUAAGGUGCUGGAGAGAGAAAAGGAUGCCACACUUCAGAAGGAGGAGGAUGUUGCUGUGGCCGCUGCGGUUUUGGAGUCCCUGCUAAAGCUGGCCCUGCUCACUGGCCUGACCAUCUCUGUUUUCGGCUUUGCCUAUUCUCAACUGGCUUUGGACAUCUAUGGAGGGGCCAUGCUUAGCUCAGGAUCAGGUCCUGUCCUGCUGCGUGCCUAUUGUCUUUACGUCCUCCUGCUUGCCAUCAAUGGAGUGGCCGAGUGUUUCACAUUUGCUGCCAUGAGCAAAGAGGAGGUCGACAGGUACAAUUUCACAAUGCUGGCCCUCUCAUCUUCGUUCCUGCUGUUAGCCUAUCUCCUGACCCAUUGGUGUGGCAGCGUGGGCUUCAUCUUGGCCAACUGCUUCAACAUGGGCAUUCGGAUCACACACAGCCUUUGCUUCAUCCACCACUACUACCGGAAGAGCCCCCACAAGCCCCUGGCCGGCCUGUUCCUGUCGCCAGUCCUCCUCGGGGCAUUUGCCCUCAGUGGUGGCAUUACUGCUGUUUCCGAGGUGUUCCUCUGCUGUGAGUGGGGCUGGCCAGCCAUGCUGUUGCACGUCGCUGUGGGGGCCCUCUGUUUGGGAGCGACUCUUGGGACAGCGUUCCUCACAGAGACCAAGCUGAUCCACUUUCUUAGGACUCAGUUAGGUGUGUCGAGACUCACUGACAAAACAACGUGACCUCGCGGAAGCCUUGUGGCACCUGGACCAGCUGUGGGGCAGUUUUGUGGGUGGAACAUGUUUUCUAUGCAGAAGAGCCCAGUUAGGGGUCUGUAGUGGAGCGAGACCAACACACAGGUGAGUCAUCAGAGCGAACCACCAGACCAAACACUGUCCAUUUGAGGUUUCAGACAGCAAGGAGGAGUUCCAUUUUUAAGGGAAGACCAAAAAGCUUUUAAAAUAGAUACAAUUAUUUUUUUCACCAUUUUGUUGUAAUCAGCAUUUUUCUUUUUGAAUAAUGUGGUAAUUCUUUUUGGUUGAGAUUGACCUUCAGAACUACAUGUUCCAACAAACUCUAUCUUGGAUGAUAAUAGUUAAUAAUCUUCUGGCCCAGAAGGAGAGAUGUAGCCACUUUACCCUCCACAGGAAUAUUUAACAUAUUCCAUAAAAGCUGGAAGGAGACUUGAUGUUAUGUGAUGUUGUGCACCAAACAAGAACAAGUUGGCCCUGGAGUUGUGGCUUUCCCCACGUCAACACUGUGGCCUGGUUGUUUAGCAAAGGAGAAAUGUUGCUCAAUGAGAAAUCCAAGAAAUGAAGACACAGUCUUUCAGAUCACAUUUCCCACAGUUAGCCAGGCAGAGUCACGUCUCUCCCCUUCAUGGCUGUCCCCCACUCCCACCCCCACCCCCAGGCCAGCACAUGUCUUCCCACAGCAGGGGAAAGCCGGCUCACGACCUCUGGCCUGGCCACUUGAGAGAGGAGGGCUUUGAAGGACACUGUGAUCCUUCGUGAUCUACUCUGAAGGGAACACCGCUUUGCAGUUGGCUGUAACUUCUCAUGAGGAGAUUGCACAGAUGACAACUAAAGUUGAAUAGAGGUGUCUUUUUUCCCAUCAGAAUGAAAUAGGGUAAAUUCUAUAUGGCAUGUGUCACUGAAUCACACCCUUCCCCCGCUGACCUGUUACUUCCAGCGCUGGUCAGUACACCGGAAUUCCAGCCCCAGGACAAGACUGGCAGGCCUGUGGAUCUGGUCCUUCAGGCUACAAUGUGAGCCCAGGCUUGCCUCCCUGCCCUGCACCCAGCAGGUGCUGUUCUCAGGCAGCAAAGCAUUCUUCUUCUUUCAUUAAUGUAUUACUAUAUUAACUGAUGUAAUUAAUGUAUUAAUUAAUUAGAUGUGAUUGACCUUUGGA